CACUCAUUCUCGCUCCCCCUUCUCUCUUUCUCUCGCACUGCUGCAGCUUUUUCAUGACCUCUUUGAGAGGAGUGUGAGAGACUACUCUGCCACUAGUGGUCGUCGUGGUGGUAGCGGACGUGACGUCACCGGCUGCUUUUGCCGCUCUGGCUCCCCAUUCGCGUGCCCUCCUUUCUCGCUCACUGUCAGAUCUCUCUCUCUCUCUCAGUCGUCUAGUCUAGUCUUUUCUUCUGUUUUCGUUUCCCUCUCGCUCUAGGUUGGGAUUUUUUUGGUUUCUCUCUCUAGGGUUUGCCUUGGAGUUUGAGUCGUCGUCCCACCAGCCUUUCCUUUGUUUCGUUCUCUCUCUUUCUCUAGCAUUUAAUUCAGUUAGAGAGGAAUAUAAAUUUUCCAUUUUUUCUUUUUUGUUUCUGUGUUUCUUUCCGGUUUUUAUUAUCCCAACGUCUUUAGAGCGAGGAGGAGAUGCGUCGAAGACGAAGCUCGGGUCUCAGGUGGAAGAGUUGAAGCACAAACAUACAUUAUGAAGAGUUUCGGUUUGAGGCAAUGGACAGUGGUAUUUGCUCAUGGAAAUGAAGGAGAGGCAGCGUUGGAAACCUGAAGAGGAUGCAUUGUUGCGUGCAUAUGUGAAACAGUAUGGACCAAGGGAGUGGAACCUUGUAUCACAGCGCAUGAGCACACCCCUAAACAGGGACGCCAAAUCUUGCUUAGAAAGGUGGAAGAAUUAUCUAAAACCAGGCAUCAAGAAAGGGUCUCUUACUGAAGAGGAACAGCGUCUGGUCAUUUGCCUUCAAGAGAAACACGGUAACAAGUGGAAGAAAAUCGCUGCUGAAGUCCCUGGUCGAACUGCUAAAAGAUUAGGCAAGUGGUGGGAAGUGUUCAAAGAUAAGCAGCAGAGAGAACAGAAGAACAACAAUACAGUUGUGCAGCCUAUUGAGGAGGGCAAGUACGAUCGGAUUCUUGAAACUUUUGCUGAGAAGCUAGUGAAGGAGCGUCCAGCCCCAUAUCUCAUGGCCACUUCCAAUGGGGCCUUUCUUCACAACGAAGCAUCUCCAGCUCCAUCAAUGCUUCCUCCCUGGCUUUCAAAUUCAAAUGUCACCUCACAUGCUAGAGCACCAUCUCCUUCUGUUACCUUGAGUCUGUCCGCUACAGUUGCACCCUCUCGAACCUCUCCUCCAAUCCCCUGGCUGCAGCCUGAUAGAGGACCCGAAAACAGUUUUGCAUUGAACAAUCUGCCUCCUCAUGUUUCAGUCCCUUGUGGAGAAAAUUAUGUGAUAUCUGAGUUGGUGGAGUGCUCAAGAGAGUUGGAGGAAGUGCACCGUGCUUGGGCAGCACAUAAAAAAGAAGCGUCUUGGAGGUUAAGAAGGGUAGAGUUGCAAUUGGAAUCAGAGAAGGCUUGUCGAAAGAGGGAGAAAAUGGACGAGAUUGAGGCGAAGGUGAAGGCUCUAAGGGAAGAGCAGAAGGCUGCUCUGGAUAGGAUCGAAGCAGAAUACAGGGAACAAAUAGCAGGACUAAGGAGAGAUGCCGAAAUAAAGGAGCAAAAGUUGGCUGAUCAAUGGUCUGCAAAGCAUAUGCGUCUCACUCAGUUUCUUGAGCAGAUGGGCGGCAGACCUAGGCUUGCUGAGCCUAAUGCCCGGUGAGAGAUGCAUAGUCAUAACUCAUUCUAGAUUGUAUGAGGUCUGGACUUCUGGUUUAAUAUUGUCCUGUUUUCUUUCAACUUGUGUGUAUUCUCUUCUUGAAUGCUCCAUAGGUUCCUAAUUACUUCUUCCUUUCUGCGUAUUGCCUGGACUCGAUGAAUAUAAGGUAGUAUUAACUUACAUGCGUAUUGCCCGGACUCGAUGAAUAUAACCUUGUAUUAACUUACAUCUAUUCUCCUUUUAGCAGCUAUAACAACUAUAUUUGAAUUGU